CGAUUAAGCACGGUGGCUAAGCCUUAUCACUGGAGAUCUAUAGCGUAAACUCUAGUGACCAGCCUUCAGCGAAAGGUGAUCAAAGCUAAACGUUGAUUUCACAAGAUUUAACUACUUGUUUGAUCAAGCAGUUUCUUUCUUUCUUUCUUCCUUCCUUCCCUCUCAAUCUUUCGGGGUGAAAGAUUUGGUUCUAUCUGAAUCGUAUUUUCUUCGCCAACUCAAUACUCAAUCGUACUAUUCCAUCUCCCUUUAUUAAUAAUCUCCAAAUACAUCUAUCCAUCAUCACCACCGCCUAAUAUAGACAUUCUGCCAUUUACGUUCGUCCAAUUCUCGGGAUCGCGAACCUAUCGAAGCGCGUCGAUAUGAACCAACAACCCCAGGCCCAGGUUGUCCAAGGACAACCAGGGCAACAGAUGCUUCGGCUUCUCCGACCGGAGCAGAUGCGCUCCAUCAAUUACCUAACUCCCGAAGAAAAGCAGAAAUAUGAGGAGGGAUUACGACAGCUAUAUACGAAGAUGGAACAAAACCCUCCCGAUUCACAAGAGCAUCAGGCAGCUAAGCACAAAGUUGCCGAUUUCUCGCGUAUGGUCUACGCGAAAAUUAAGAAUAUCCAGGCAGCAAGAAACGCUCAAGCAGGAGGAUCUCAGGCUCAGACUCAGUCGCAAGCCCAACCGAAUCAACAGGCCCAGUUCAAUCAGAUGCAGCAACAGAAUGCUCAGGGUGAUCUUGGACAAAAGCCUGCCGGCGCGCCCCAAGGUCAACAAGGUCCAUCGCGUGCUUCUCUUUCAGCAACUCCGAACGUUGCUUCGGGAUCUAAUACGCAGCCCCAAAUCCCAAAAGCCAUAAUCGAGCACGUCAACCAGGUCCAUUGGAAUAAUAUCCGACCACCGGCCCAAGUCCCGCAAGAUCAGAGACCAAAAUGGCUGAACGACAUUCGGCAGAAAUACCUUCGAUCCCUGAUGACAAUGGAAUCAGUAAAGACCAGAACCCAAAGACUGGAUGCUAUACUGAAAGAGCGUCAAGAGAAAGGGCAACAAUUGUCUCCAGAUGAUAUGAAAAGGUUCCAGGAUCAGAAGAUGUCUGAACAGAAAAACUAUACGGAGGCACAGCGGUUUGUGCAGGAGAUUCGCAACCAGCUGAAGCUUGGACAAGGCAACAACGCACAAGGACAGGGUGCUCAACCGGUUGGGCGGCCCCAGCCACAAAACGUGAUGACUAGUGGUCCGGCUGCCAACAACCCAAUGCAAGCGGCGGCUGCGUCCGUGAAUGCGGCGGUGGAUGCUGCCAAAAACCAACAGAUUGCGGCAGUCCGGGCACCGCAACCUCAGUCACAACCGCAGCAACCAGUACAGCAACCACCCCAGCAACCUCAGCAUCCCGGUACUCCUGCUGCCCCGGCCACACCUUCAACCAGCACACAACUUCCCCAGCAACCUCAUGUUCAGUCAGUUCCUACUCCGACCAAUCAACCACAGAUUAAGAACGAGCCUACAAAUACUGCACCGCACCCCCCACCGGUCAACACUACUCUUGCCGCUGCAGCUUCUGCGCAUGUGCCUUCCGCUGGAACACCCACCCAAACCACUGCUCGUGUCCAAACACCUCAAUCCGCAGGACAACAAGCAACGGCAUCCCAGGUUCGCCCAUUAACCCAUGCUGCUGCGGUUAAUCGCGCCAAUUCGUCAACCAACGUCACCGGCCAGCAAAAUAACAACCCUUCCGGCGGUGUUGCAUCAACACCCGGAUCCAACGGUCUUGUCAGCAACGCGAACCACUCCGCGCACACUCACGCGCACCCACAACCCAGCAAUACCCCCGCCUUAAAUCCUAAGAUGCCAAUCAGCAAAAACCUACCUCAAAAGGCAACCGAAACCCCUCAAGCUGUCAGCACCGGAGGCGGCAAUACUCCCGGCCGUCCCUCACUAGGCGGAGGAACUGGAGUCGGAGGUGGAGUCAUGGGACAACCCGUCAUUCCGAAGAUGCCCGUCGCCCAAUUCGAUGCCGAAGGCGAGCAUGUGCUCUCCAAGAAGAAACUUGAUGAACUUGUUCGCCAAGUUUGCGGCGGCGGUUCUCCUGGUGCCGAUGGCAAUUACUUGACUCCUGAUGUUGAAGAGUCCGUCCUUAGCGUGGCUGAUAACUUUGUGGAUAACGUCCUACACACAGCUUGCCGUCUUGCCAAGGAACGAGGAAGCAAGAUUCUGGAGAUUCGUGACAUCCAGCUUGUUCUCGAACGCGUCUACAACAUCCGCAUCCCCGGUUACACGACAGAUGAAUUGCGAACCGUGCGCAAAGUCCAGCCCUCCUCCAACUGGAUUUCUAAGAUUCAUGCUGUCCAGGCUGCCAAGGUCAUGCCUGGUAAGGACGACAAGUAGGAAAAGUCGGACCCUACCCGCGAUGAUCUUAGCAACACCCUUAAGGCACGACGUGAACCGCUUGAUGGCAACUCUGACCAGGCAGCAGCCGGACCUUCUACUUUUACUUCCGUUCCCGCCCAACCUGCCACUUCUGCUUCCACAGCUCAUUCACCUGCAGCUGCAGCU